AUGCCGGCCGCAAGACCUUCUGAGGGCCACUGCACGUCGCUGCAGGAGGCGCCUCACACCUGUACAGUUAAGGAGGUGUUGGAGUACCACCAAACAUCUUUGGAAACCGGUCUGUCCACUGAAGUCGUCGAGGAGCGCCUUGAACGUUUUGGGCCAAAUGAGUUGCAGCACGAAGAAGGAAAGAGCAUUUUCCAACUUAUCUUGGAGCAGUUCCAGGAUCUUCUCGUCAGGAUUUUAUUGGCAGCAGCAGUAGUCAGUUUUGUAUUGGCGGUUGUCGAGGGGGGCGAGGGAGGUAUCGCAGCUUACGUGGAGCCGCUUGUGAUUCUCAUCAUCCUCUUCCUUAACGCCGCCGUGGGGGUUUGGCAGGAGUCGAACGCGGAGAAGGCCCUAGUUGCUUUGAAGCAGUUACAGCCGCAACAGGCUCGCGUCUGCCGCGCAGGAACAUGGCGCUGUGUUUCUGCCGCGACGUUAGUGCCAGGUGACCUCGUGGACCUUCGUUGUGGGGACAAGGUCCCUGCGGACUGCCGCGUGGUGGAACUCAAGACGGCAUCGUUUAGAGUGGAGCAGAGCCAGCUUACAGGCGAAAGUGUUGCAGUGCUGAAGGACGCGGAGGCGUUGCCUGCGUCUAUGCGCGACUGCGAAAUCCAGUCCCAGCGUUGUCUGUGCUUCAGCAGCACGACUGUAGCCAGGGGAAGGGCCCUCGCAGUGGUUGUAAGGACAGGCAUGGCCACCCAAAUCGGUCUUAUUCAGGCCGCUGUGCACGAAGCAGGAGAAUCGGAUGACACGCAGAGUCCUCUACAGCAGAAGCUAGAUGAGUUUGGCGAAGCUCUUAGCAAGGUCAUUUGCGCCGUGUGUGUCGUUGUAUGGCUCAUAAACAUCGGGCACUUCAGCGACGCUGUGCACGGGAGUGCGCUGCGGGGUUGCAUAUAUUACUUUAAAAUAGCGGUGGCGUUGGCUGUUGCUGCCAUUCCCGAGGGUCUGCCGGCUGUCAUCACCACUUGCUUGGCGCUUGGAACGCGGAAGAUGGCCAAGAAGAAUGCAAUUGUUCGGAGGUUGCAGAGUGUAGAGACACUCGGAUGCACAACUGUCAUCUGCUCGGACAAGACCGGCACUCUGACUACGAACGAAAUGACAUGCGUCCGAUUCUGUGUACUCGGCCAAAACGAAUCAGAGGUUGAUGUGUUCACCGUUGACGGUACUGGCUUCUGCGCCAUCGGCAGCGUAUCUAGGGAGAUGCGGGGUGGCGUGAAAGGACCGCAGUCGCUGUCAGGGCAUCAGGCGGUUUUGACUUGGCUCUGUCGCUGCGCCUCCAUUUGCAACGAGGCCCACCUUAAUGCCGCUCCGGGAGCGUCGGCAGAUCACUACGAGCGGAUGGGCGAACCCACAGAAGCAGCACUGCUGGUGCUUGUGGAGAAGCUCGGGCUUUUCUCCGAUGAACAGAUCGCCUCGCGAGCAAACACCAAACGCACGGAUGCGACGCCAACACCCUUCUGCGACUAUUGGAAGGGCGAAUACAAGGACUUGGCCACCUUGGAGUUUAGCCGAGACAGGAAGAGCAUGAGUGUUUUGUCUCGCAACGUUAAGACGAAGAACAACGAGCUCUUUGUUAAGGGUGCGCCGGAAACUCUUCUUACAAGGUGUGAGACGAUGAUGCUUCCGGACGGCAGCGUAGUGCCUCUAACGGAAGUGGCACGUAAAGUGAUCCUAGCAGACGUCGCUGGGAUGGCCCGUGGGGCUCUGCGCACGUUGGCUUUGGCUGUUCGUUUGGAUGCGGGUCCGCUUGCUACCUAUGGGGAAGACGAGGCGAACCAGACGGCCUCACGCAACCUCCUUGAGGAUCAGGCAGGAUAUGCUGCCCUCGAAAGCAGCCUCUGCUUUAUCGGUGUUGUUGGCCUCUUCGAUCCUCCUAGGCCGGAAGUGGGCAACGCCAUUUUGCAGUGCAGAGAAGCCGGAAUACGCGUAGUGAUGAUUACUGGUGACAACAAAGACACUGCCGAGGCAGUGGCUGAUCUAGUGCACAUCCGCGAAGGCUUCGACAAAACAUUCCCGUCGUAUACUGGGAAGGAAUUUGAAGCACUGUCCGCAUCAGAGAAAAUGAAGGUUCUCUCCUCUCCGGGUGGUGCUAUUUUCUCUCGCACGGAACCCAAGCACAAACAACUUAUAGUCAAACUGCUCAAGGAGUUGGGGGAAACCACAGCAAUGACGGGGGACGGAGUUAACGAUGCGCCUGCGCUGAAACAAGCAGAUAUUGGGGUUGCUAUGGGCAUAGCAGGCACAGAAGUGGCUAAGGAGGCGUCAGAUAUGGUCCUGGCAGACGACAACUUCAGCACUAUCGUUUCUGCUGUCGAAGAGGGCCGGUCUAUUUACAACAACAUGAAGGCGUUUAUUCGGUACUUGAUUAGCAGCAAUAUUGGAGAGGUCGCCUCCAUUUUCAUGACCGCAGCUCUUGGGGUUCCUGAGGGCCUUACGCCGGUUCAGCUACUGUGGGUGAAUCUUGUGACAGACGGGCCUCCGGCUACCGCUCUCGGCUUUAACCCAGCGGAUGACGACGUGAUGAAGCGACCUCCGCGUCACCGUGACGACCGGUUGAUCAGCACUUGGAUCUUCUUGCGAUAUUUGUUGGUUGGAAUCUAUGUUGGGUUUGCAACAGUGGGCAUCUUUGUCUGGUGGUAUGUCUUCGGGACAGACCCUGCAGACACACACACGCUCCUUAGUGUUCCGCAGCUCAUGGCGUGGGGUCGGUGCUCCACGUGGAAAGGUUUUAAUCCCGUGCCUGUUUUCGGAAUGCCCGAGAACGAGCCUUGCUCCUACUUCACAAUCGGCAAGGCCAAGGCCAGUACUCUCAGUUUAACUGUAUUAGUGGUUAUUGAAAUGUUCAAUGCAUUUAAUGCUCUUUCCGAGAAUCACUCCCUUCUUCGCAUGCCUCCCUGGCGCCGUGUCUUCGGCGUAGUCGAACUCACUGCAAUGGACUGGGUGUAUGUACUACUUUGGUCCUUCCCGAUUAUUAUCCUUGACGAGUUCCUCAAGUUUCUCGGACGUCGGCACUUUGCUCAGCAGCGCGCUGCUGCUUUGAAGGGUGGUAAGAAGGAUUAA